GUGAUACCUCUAAAAAAGAAGAAGAAAAAGUAUUCUAAUUGUUACGAUUUGUAAUAUGAAUAUAAGUGUAUAAAAAUGAUGGAACCUUUGAGUUUUAUUCCUUCGAGAGCCUCACAAAAUAAGAAAGUUGUUAAUUUCGAAAAAGUUGUAUUCGAAUCUUACAAAAGUAAAAAACCAAAAAGUAAAUCUCUCGUAUCCGAAAACAAGGAAGAUAAAGAAGAGAAACGAGAGCUUAAUAUGAAACAGACUAAACAUGAAAUUAUCAAAUUAGGAAUGUCUGGAUUAGAAGGACAACAAAAAGAAGAAGCUAAGAUAAAUUUACUAAUUAAACUAGGUGCUAAACCUCCUAAAAAUAAAAACAAAAAUUAUAAAUUACUCCAACAGGAAAGAAAGAAAGCGAAAGAAGAAAAAGCGAAACAGAUGGAUUUUUCACAAUUGGGGAAAAAUAAAAUAGGAAAAUCGACUGCUAAAGGAAAAAGCUUUGACCGAAAAAGGAGGAAAGAAAAUUUGUUGUCAGUGUAUGGAAAAGUCAAACGUCAAUAAAACUUUGUAGAAUGUA